CUCUCCUUUGUAAACUUUCUUAUGUUCUUAUGUACUGACUGUAAUGAAUAAAUAGGCUAUACAGUCACACACAAGCAAAACAGUCUAUUCACAAAACAGUGUAAACAUAUACAGUACAUUACUUUCUGGUAACAUAUACAUUGGCUACCUCUACACUUUACAGUACUACAAUCAAAUUGGCAUCGAUAUACCCUUAGUAACCCGAUUAGUGGGGACAGAAACUGUUUCCAUGCUAAGUUUCGUUUUCCCGCAGAGCACACCAAUACUUGCAGCCAGUUUCGCUUUCCGUACGUCAGAUCUUUUUUUAAGUUUCGUUUAUGUUGCCUGGCAAUUCACGUCAUAAAGACGAAGCGUAAUUUGUAUUUAUAUCCUUUAAAAAUGCGUAUCAGACUUAAUUGCCUUUCGAACAUGGCUAAACGUUUGAACUGUAACUUCAGUCAGUGGAGUUCUCGAGUCUUUGCUGCAGAAUUUGACAGAAGAUGCGAUCCAGUCUAUUUCGCUUUAAGUGCACAGACCCCAGCUGCGGAUAAAAAUCACAGCCUGCUUUUCCAGAAGCUUUUCAGUCAAGGAAAGGCUUAUUCCGUCCAUGCCACUACAGGUGACAGAAUUCAAAGGGCAAGAUCUUAUUCUGACCUUCAGGAUAAACUUGUUUCUGCGUUGCCAAAAAGCUGCAAUCUGUUGCAACUGAUAGCUUUUCAUCCAGACGUAAACAAUUCGCUGGUAAAGGGGUUUUUCAUUCAGGACGCACUCAGCACUGGCGAGACUGAAAACACGCUCAAAGAUCUAGUUAAAAGCGAGGAAUUUCAUCUGUGCACCUAUGUCUCUUCUGAAGAUGGAAAGCUGUGGCAGCAGUGUGUGUGGUCACGAAGAGGCAAAGAGUGUACCGAGGCUGCUAAACACUACAUCACCGUCGCUGCAAAACCGGAAUAUCACCCCUCUCUGCUGAACAUUGUUAACACGGUUGUGUUCUACAGCUUCGAAGAUGCUUACAGGGUUUUACAAGAGUGUAAGGAAUGUAUUCCUGAAUCCAAAGCAGUCUUGGAACUUGCUGAUCACUGUCUAAAGAAUUCGACGAAGGGUCGUUUCCCUGUGAUAGUGAUAGAAGGGCUGGAUGCAACCGGAAAAACCACACUGACCCAGUCGCUACAAGAGAAUCUGAGAGGGGCUCUACUGAGGUCUCCACCGGGCUGUCUGUCUCAGUGGAGGGCUCGAUUUGAUGCUGAACCACCACUCAUCAGAAGGGCUUUUUAUGCUUUGGGAAACUACAUCAGCGCAUGUGACAUAGCAAGAGAAUCUGCAAAGUCUCCUGUUAUAGUUGAUAGGUACUGGCACAGCACUGCAGCCUACGCCAUUGCGACAGAGGUCGGGGGGACACUGGAGAGCCUGCCCUCCUCUCAUUCUGAAGUGUACCGGUGGCCCAGGGACCUGCUGACACCAGAUCUAGUGGUGCUGCUGACAGUGAGUCCAGAGGACCGGGCCCGACGUCUUCUUGCACGGGGAGUGGAGAAGACAAGGGAGGAGGCAGAACUGGAGGCAAACAAUCUGUUCAGGCAAAAAGUGGAAGAGGCAUAUCGGAGAAUACAAGAUCCUGCCUGUGUAGUAAUAGAUGCAAGAGUGUGUAAAUCUUCAAAAUGGAAUACAGGUGAUAUACUCUACAGGAAUGGCUUGUAA